CGGGACGAAUUCUUGGGGGAAACCCACGAGGGGACGCGGCGGAGGAGGGUCGCUGUCCACCCGGGGGCGUGGGAGUGAGGUACCGAAUUCAGCCCAUUUGGCCCCGACGCCUCUGUUCUCGGAAUCCGGGUGCUGCGUGUUGAGGUCUUGGUUCCUAACGAAUCUCUGCCGGAUUGGCCGUAACCCUGUCCCCGAGCGGGUUCACAGGGUCUGAAGGCCACGCACGAGGCAAAGGUAAAGUUCUGAGCCACCCGGUGCCUCCUUCCCAGGACUGCAAGAUGGAGGAAGGCGGGAACCUAGGAGGCCUGAUUAAGAUGGUCCAUCUGCUGGUCUUGUCAGGUGCCUGGGGCAUGCAAAUGUGGGUGACCUUCGUCUCAGGCUUCCUGCUUUUCCGAGGCCUUCCCCGACAUACCUUCGGACUAGCGCAGAGCAAACUCUUCCCCUUCUACUUCCACAUCUCCAUGGGCUGUGCCUUCAUCAACCUCUGCAUCUUAGCUUCACAGCAUGCCUGGGCUCAGCUCACAUUCUGGGAGGCCAGCCAGCUUUACCUGCUGUUCCUGAGCCUCACGCUGGCCACUGUCAACGCCCGCUGGCUGGAGCCCCGCACCACAGCUGCCAUGUGGGCCCUGCAAACCGUGGAGAAGGAGCGAGGCCUGGGUGGGGAGGUACCAGGCAGCCACCAGGGUCCCGAUCCCUACCGCCAGCUGCGAGAGAAGGACCCCAAAUACAGUGCUCUCCGCCAGAAUUUCUUCCGCUACCAUGGGCUGUCCUCUCUUUGCAAUCUGGGCUGCGUCCUGAGCAAUGGGCUGUGUCUCGCCGGCCUUGCCCUGGAAAUAAGGAGCCUCUAGCAUGGGCCCUGCAUGCUAAUAAAUGCUUCUUCAGAAA